CCCAGAAAAAAAAAAUUCAUUGCCAUAUUUACAUACCAUCUCCACUUCCCGCUUACAAUGGCAGAGUCCUAUUGAGAGUAUUAUUCCCAGCCAAAUGACUUGGGCGCCACCUACUACUUACCAUCAACUCCAUAAGCCCUUCACAGCUUUCUUGAGCCCCUGCAAAACCCCAGCCUUGCACCUCCUAAUUUCUUGUUCCUCUACUGAAUCUUGUAACCGGGAUAAUAAGGGCCAUUUUCACUCUCCAUCCCGUUCACAACAGUCAUUCCAGAAAAUCAAAAAGAAUCAUUCUUUACAGCCAAAACGGUUACACCAGAGGCAUAGAGGAGAUUCUUUUGUUGAAUGGGUUAAAAAGAAAAAGCAGUCUGACCCAACUGAUAUUCUUCAGCAAGAUGGAGAUUGGAGCAAAGAACAAUUCUGGGAUUUCAUCAGAUUCCUUAGAGAAAGUUCAAGGACCAGUGAGAUUCUUCAGGCGUUUGACCUGUGGAAGGACGUGGAAAAAUCCAGAAUUAAUGAGGAGAACUAUGUGAAGAUUAUAAGCUUAUUGUUUGAGGAUGGACUGACAGAUGCAGCGAUAUUGGCGCUCAAACAAAUGGAGAGCCAUGGAAUUAGGCCUUCUCUGGAAAUGUACAAUGUAGUGAUUCAUGGGUUUGCAAGAGCAGGACGGUUUGAGGAUGCUGUGUUUUAUCUCGAGGAGAUGAUGAACGCUGGCUUAAAGCCUGAUACAGAAACCUAUGAUGGGCUUAUUCAAUCCUAUGGGAAGUAUGGAAUGUAUGAUGAGAUGGGUAGAUGCCUGAGAGAGAUGGAAUCCGGUGGGUGUUUACCUGAUUAUGUAACUUACAACUUGCUGAUUCGAGAGUUUGCAAAAGCUGGAUUGCUCAACAAGAUGGAAAGCACUUAUAGUGCUCUUCUUGCAAAAAGAAUGGAUCUGCAGAACUCUACUUUAGUUGCAAUGCUGGAAGCAUAUGCCAACUUUGGAAUUUUGGACAAGAUGGAAAAGGUUUUCAGAAGAGUUUUAAACUCAAAAGCUUAUCUAAAGGAUGAUUUGAUUCGUAGAUUAGCCAGAGUCUAUAUUGAGAAACUUAUGUUUUCCAGAUUAGAGGACUUGGGACUUGAUUUAUCUUCUAGAACUGGCAGCACUGAUCUUGUGUGGUGUUUGCGCCUCCUUUCUCAUGCUUGUACUUUGAGCAAAAAAGGAAUGUAUUUCAUUAUUCAGGAGAUGGAAUCCAGUGAAGUGCCAUGGAAUGUAACAACUGCUAAUAUAAUGGCAUUAGCCUAUUUGAAGAUGAAGGACUUUACGCACUUGGAAAUUUUACUCUCUGAAUUACCAUCUCGAUAUGUAAAACCGGACAUUGUUACUGUUGGAGUACUUUUUGAUGCCAUCAUUUCUGGGUUUCGGGGCAAUCCAGUAAAAAGAUUAUGGACAAAAACAGGAUUUUUUGAUGAUACUGUUGAAAUGAACACAGAUGCUCUUGUUCUGAUUGCAUUUGGAAAGGGGAAGUUCCUGAAAGAUUUUGAAGAGAUGUUCCCCUUAUUUGAGGCCAAAACUAGAAAUGGGAUGUGGACUUACCGCCAUCUCAUAGAUUCUGUCAAGACUCGGUUUGUGGGUGGUUGAACAAUUUAAGCUAAAGGAAUUUGAAGUAUAAUGAGAGCCUUGAUGAAAUGGAGCAUAUUUGUUGUCAUGUUGAUGGACAUCUUGAAGGACUCUCUGUAAAGUAGAUAAGAAGAGAGGAUCAGAGUUACACUUGACAUAUGGGUGGUUAAACAAAUUGAAGCUUAGAUCAAAUCUAUAUACGAAAUGCAAGAAAGUUGUUGGCAUCUUGAUGGGUUCUCUACAUGGUACAUAGGAACUGUAUUAGAGAACAUGAAUUUUGGGCCAUCGGAAACUUGUGAUAGUCAAAGAUUCUGCUUUAAAUUCAUUUGCCUAACCUCCAAAGACAGCAUUCUAGUUGCAUCUGUAACUCAAGGACAUCGAUAUUUUUUUGUUUGAACUGAGUGUCAAAUGAUAAAUAUUAAGAUGCAUUCUCAGAUGAACUUGAUAAACUGAGUGAAUUGUUUGUUUUCUGCUCGCUGUCUUGAAAUACAAGGUUCUUCAAUCGCAUGGAGGCUGCCAACAUUUAUAGUUUCUAUUUACGUGCUUCUGGUAUUGAAGAAGAGACUGCAGAUAAAUCACCCUUAGCAAUAAAGAUGAUAAGAGUAUACUGACAAAGCUUCCAUGUCUUUCAGAAUACAGAAGCUGCAUUGGAAUUUCUUACAGGAAGUCUUAGUGGGAAGAGGGUGGGCCAGGUAAGGGGGUUAGUUAAGAAAGAAAUGUUGAUUAGCGGAAAGGUUUGAAUCGGGGGAAGGUUUUGCCUUGAAGAUCCUUCAAUAUGUGUCAUCUUCUUCAGCUGUUUAUUCUUGGUUUCCAGACCAUAGGUUGUGAUGGUAAGGAGCUUCCCCUCGGUUAUAGCUACACGAGUUCCCUGGAAAUUCCAAGGUGAAACAUGAAUUUGUAUGUUUUAUAAACUUUCUCAAAAUCUUUCUUAGUGUAGGUUCAACAAGUCCUUAUGAUUUCAAUGGAUAAAGUCAAAUAAAAAGGAAUAGAAUGGAAAAUACGAUGAGCAUAUGCCCUUUUCCCCUCA